CACGUGUCGACGUCAGAAACAGCUGUUCGACUGCAGUUCAAAACAAAUCGGUGGAAUUUUCUGUUAAAAAUAAUAUUUUCCAAGCAAAAUGUCCGAGGAGAUCCUUUUCGACUUCCUGCACGCGGAGAUAGUCAAUUACUGCCUGGGCAACAACAAGGAGCACGACCUGGCCACUUUGGAGUACAUAGGCUUCACCACCGGCUACCGGCUGAUAGAGCGGCUCACACGCGAGGUGUCGCGCUUCAAGGACGAGCUGGAGACCAUGAAGUUCAUUUGCACCGAUUUCUGGACUCUUAUCUACAAGAAGCAGGUGGACAACCUGAGGACGAACAACCACGGCAUGUAUGUGGUGCAGGACAAGGCAUUCCGCUUUCUCACGCGCAUCUCGCCGGGCACCAAGCAGCUGGAGCACGCGCCCAAAUUCGUGGCCUUCACCUGCGGGCUGGUGCGAGGGGCCCUGAGCAAUCUGGGCAUCAACAGCACUGUCACCGCCGAGGUGCAGAGCAUACCGGCGUGCAAGUUCCACAUAGAAGUCAAUAGGAACUAGUUAGGAAGAUAAGGCAAUGGUUUAUUACUACAAUAACAUUAUAUUUACUACACA